AUGGCUCAUUUGCCACAAAUCGAUUUUCGCUACCGUUGGCUAAGUGAAACCAUUUCGAAUGCACUCGGUAUUAUUGAUACAAGUUUUGCCGAGCAAUUAAUUGCCGAGCACAGCGAUUUAGUUGACGCAUUUUUCAAUGACAAUAUAUAUGAAGAAGCCGAUGCUCGAAAGCAAAUUCUCUUCGUUUGGCGAACAUUUUACGAUAAGCUGGUGGAAGAAUCAAUAACCGUACUGGAAGAAGGUAAAAAAACAAAAGACACUGACGCAACAGAUGCUGAUGGCUCUCGACCGAACUCAGUUGGAGGUUUUUCGGAUGAAGAAACUGAAGGCAAGAGAAAGGGUAAAGGGAAAAAGAAGAAAAAACCGCCUAGUCGACCGCCAUCACCAGUUUACAUUGAAGUUCAGAAAAUUAUUCAAUCGUACGUGAAGACGCCGAUUUUGCAUUGUUAUUUCGGUACAUUGCAUCCAGCCGAUAUUGAUCCUAAGGCAAAAUAUGUGUAUUUCUUGCGAAGAAAUACCGCAAAAAUUGAGAUGCAAGAAACAUACGAACAAUGUUUGGUUGAAGUACCGAAAAGAUUUAUCACGGGAUCGGUGAACGGUCAAUUUAUCGAUUCAAUGAAGAAACUUGCACAAGAAAUAAUCCCACUUGCACUCAAUAAUCAAUUUCAAGAACCAAAAAUUACAAACAGCAUUUCACUUGAACUUGAGCACCGUGACGAUGAAGACGAAAUGAACACUAAUCAAAAUAUUGAGCAUUCAAUCGAUUCCACAUACACAUCACGUCCCUCCGAUUUUCGCAUCAAGCCAAUUUGCAAAAGUAUGACUACUGAAUUUGUCGAACAUCAUGAACAGCAAAAUUUUGAACACAUCAUCGACCAGCAUCGCAUAGACGCCCAUGCCACAGAGACCGCUUCACCAAAAUCGAUACGUAAACUUUUUGACGACUUUAUUGCUGAUUUCAAUGCAUCAGUCGAACGAAAUCUAUCGUUUACUGUGACUGGUGAGUUCAAUUUGUUUUUCACCGCAUACAAUGCGCCCGGUCAAGAAAAUAUCACUGACGAAGAUGACAAGGAAAAAAUUAUGGUCGAACCGAUAAUUGAAUCGAUUGAAAAGUGCACCAAAGAACAAUUGGAGGAUAUCAUAAACGGUUGGAUGCGAUACAUAACAAAAGUUUUUAGGUUCUACGAGCAAAAGAUACCCGACGACGACAGCCCAAUAAGUGAAUAUCAUUUAUGGCGAGAAGAAGAGGCCGAAUACAAAAAUAUGCUUGAACAAAUAAAAAAUCCGUUUGUGAUUUGUUGUUUGGACACUUUGAAGCAGAACGAUUCGCACAGUGUGGACAAGUUCUCCGCACUUGUCAAAUUGCUUAAGGAAAAAUAUGAACAUAUUAAACAAAAUGCCGACUAUAUAUCGACCACUACCGACUAUCUAAAAAAAAUCCAGAGCGAAUCAAAUUUUGAUUACAUAAAAUCGUUAAUACCAAAUGUAAUGCUUAGCCUGCGUCAUAUUUGGACAAUGUCAAAAUACUUUUGUCAAGAUGAAAAAAUGCAAAUGUUGCUCUACAAAAUAUCAUUUAUAUUCACUGAAAAAGUGAAGCGAAUUGUUACAUUGAAUGCAAUAUUCAAAUAUUCAGCGUCCGAUGCUCAUGCUUUAGCGACAAAAUGUGCUGAUUUAUUGUUGACAUGGAAGGAGAAUUAUUUAAAAACUAGGGCGCACAUCGAACGAUCGGGGGUCGGAUCACGUUGGGAGUUCAAUAAAAAUAUUUUGUUUGAUGAUGUCGACCACUGUGCCCGCAUAAGCAAUGAUAUUGCAAAUAUUUCGCUCGUAUUCAUCGAAUUCGAGAAUAUAUUCAAGCAAAAACUUCAGUCACUGGUCUACAAUCCGGACGAUGUGAACAACAUGAUGAAUAAAAUCUACCAACUAGUCGAUUAUGUCAUCAACAUUGACUACGACAUAUUUCGGCCGGGCAACUUAGAAAAUUGGGAGGCAUCAUUAAAGCUGUUUGACAAGCGUUUACAGACCAUCGAACGAGAUGCAAAGAAUCUCAUCGACAAAUGCAUUCCAACAUUGCGCUCCACCGAAAUGGGCAUUGAACUAAUCAACAACAUUGAGCGUCUCAACACACGCAAGUGUCUCGUCAAACAUAUGCUAACCAAACAUGACAGCAUCGUUCACAAAUUCAUAAGUGAAAUCGAGACGAUUGAACGAGAAUUUCGGAUUGAAAACAAUCCAACUUCAAGCGAUAAUGGUUUGAAACAGACCGCAUUGCAAAAGUAUUUAACAUUGAUUGAGGACAUGAAUAAUUUCGAACAAAUCAAUUAUGAAAACUUUUCGGCCAGAGGAACGAGAACGGUUAAUGAUAUUCUCAAACGGAAUAUUUUAAAACUGAAAAUAAUCAAAGAACCGAACAUGACUUGUUACCCGCUUGCCAAACAAAAUGGGAUCAAUAAAUUCAACAUUGCGGUCAAACAUCGAAAACGCCAUCGUAAACCGAAUGCCAUGCAUCACAGAAAACGCAUUAAAUUUUUAACGGCAGCCGUUGCCCUAAAGUGGCUCGUCACUUAUUCAAAUGGUACUGAGUUGAAUGCAAAAUCCGGUGUGCAGAAUGAAUUAAAUCAUGAACAAUUGAAACUGCUACAUGCAGCAUCUCGGCAUGAAGGGAAUUUAACGUGGGAAAAGCUAGUUGAUCAUUCCAUUCUAAUCGAAUACCAAUUGGCGUUUGAUGUAAAUUUUUCAAACGACAUUUAUGACAUUAUAAUGGAGAGUCAACAAUUUGAGUGUAACAAUUUUAAAUUGAAUCCAGUUUUGCGUAUGGCUGUUAUGAGAAAGGAAAAACUUUUUGUUGAUGUGCAAUCGGUUACACAAAUGCUUUCGAAAUACAAUAACAUCAUUCAAAAUUUAUCAGAACCCGAGAUUCAUUUUUUACGUGACAUUUUAUAUGCUGUGGAAUUGAAAAUUCAAGCCGGAUUAGGGAGAUACACAUGGCAAUCAUAUAACAUUCAGAACUAUUGUCAAACAUGUGAAAAGUUAAUAUCACGUUUGGAGACAUUCAUAAGACAAAUAAAGUAUGUAUCGUCUGACAUCAAAACGCGAAUGAAUCAAAUUGAAACUCUUUCAAUGAUAACACUACAUGGAAGUGAUAACAUAUCAAAUGAACGACAUUCCAUUGUAAAUGGAAAAUUGAAUACAAUCGAUUUGGAUAUAUUGACAAUAGUAGAUCAUAAGCAGAAACCGCACUGUCCCGACUCAACGGAAUAUGAACAUGAUGUGAAAAGUGUUACAUUUGCUUGUGAUGCAAACCAUAUACCAUCGAUUGCAACGUAUUUUUCAAUUAUUCAUGACAACCACCAUCAAAAAAUGAAGAACGUCGAAAAUUUGUUUAGCACAGUUGGGCCAAUUUUAAUUAAACUAGAAUCUUUGGUAUUGGGGACGAGCACCGGCGAACUGGAUAAUAUGCGUUUAUACUACGAUUUCUGGGAGAAUCAGUUAUUUGAACUUUUAAUCAGAUUGACGAAGAGGAAUUUGAAUCAAUUCAUCGAAACAUUGCAAUCGGAUCGUCCACUAUUUUGCAUCGACGCAUCACUAUCGACUCCAUACAUCGUUUUACAGCCGAACGGAAUUGAAAUUUACAAUAGCAUAUUGCAAGUGGUGAAAGGAUUUCUUGAAAGCUUGAAGUUGUGCACACGUUGGACGCCUGGAACAUGUUCAACUCCACCGAAUUCAUUGUACAAUGAAACGGAUGGCAUUAUGAUUACAUUCUACGAUGAUAUCAUAAAGCUGCGGGAUGUGAAUGAUUUGGUGGCCAAUAUUGAACAGAAUGCUCAACAAAUUGUUGACGAAAUACACAAAUAUUUAUGCAGUUGGCAGGAAUUCGAGGCGCUAUGGACAUCCGAUAAAAUGAUAGUUUGUGAAAAGUUUGUGGAUCGUGGCCCACCACUCGUACAUAUCGAUGAAAAAUUUCUGUUUUACACAAACAUUGUGGAGCGAAUGGACUCAAUUCAACCAUUUCAUGAUAACGGUCCAAUUAGAGUUAAACUGCAUACAUUAAUUGGUAACAUUCGCGCAUAUGCUGUUGAUUGGAAAAAUACGCUUGGCGAAAUUCUUAUCGAAAGAACACGAAAAACACUGAAAGCGCUACACAAACAAAUGACGGAAUUGAAACAUAAUUUGAAUCGCAAUAUUAAGGGACUUGAUGAAUUUAAACUUUCCAUGCAAAUCAUUGCCACCAUUCAAUCGACCAACAUCUCAACUGAGCUGCAAUUGCACGAAAUGCAAGAAACUUUUGCCAUUCUGGCUGAUCAUAAAAUAGAGUUCAAAUUUAGCGACAUGAUCAUGUCAUAUUAUUUGGAGCGACGAUGGCGAAAAUUAUACAAUUCAUCGUUAAUUAAAGCUGAGUCAUUGAAACCUAUCAAAAUGAAGUUUGCCGAUAUGACAACAAUUGAAAUCAAUACUUUUUUAACAAACCUAUCGAUAUUUGUGCAGCGUUUUUUUAACGAAGGGCCAGGUGCGGUCGGUAUCGAUAUGGAUGAUGGCAUUAAACUAAUGGAACGAUAUAGCGAUCAGUUUAAGUUGUUGGAACAACAGAGACACGAAUUCGCAAAUGCUGAAAAACUAUUUGACAUGCCGUCUACAGACUAUGCAGACUUUCAACGUGCGAAAAAGGAAUUUGAGGGCAUGCAUUUUAUUUUUAAAAUUUACAAACAGGAGAAAAAUGCCAGAGACAAUUGGGCAACGACAUUAUGGUGUAAUUCGAAUCCGUAUCUGUUGUUUGAAGGAAUCAAUGCAUACAUCAGUGAAUUUGAGAAACUUGAAAAAUGGAUUCGUGAAUUGAAUGCUGGCCGAAAAUUGCAUGAAAAAAUGAUGCAAUUUAAAAUGUCGGUGCCACUGAUGGCAAAACUGCAGAAUGAUUCGUUACGUGAUAGGCAUUGGAAACAUUUGAUGACAAAAACUGGACACCAUUUUAGUACAAAUCCAAAGAAAUUUCGAUUAUCCGAUAUGUUUGCCAUGAAUUUGUAUAAACAUCAGGUCGAUGUCGAGGAAAUUGUUCAUGCCGCCAACAAUGAAGUUUCUAUUGAACAAACACUUGAUAAACUUAUUGCAAAAUGGGAUCGAUUAAUGUUUACAUUUCAGUCACAUUCCAAGCGAAUGUCCAAACGUUGCUAUAUACUCGUUAACACAGACAAAAUCAUUCAAAUCAUUGAGGAAGAUGUUAUGCAAUUACAAAUGCUAUCUACUUCAUUAUUUGUGAAACCGUUUUCGGAUUUGAUUCACUCAUGGGAAAAGACUCUAUCGUUCAUUUACGAAAUAAUCGACCAAUGGGUCAACUAUACGCAACGAAAAUGGCUGUACUUGGAGGGAAUUUUUGUUGACAAUGACGCACGUAUCAAAUUACCAACAAUUGCCGCUAAAUUUGACUUGAUUGACGCCGAAUAUAUAAAAUUGUUGAAUGAAUCGGUUGAAAAUCCAGGUGUAAUAAGGGUAUGUAUGGCAACGGAUCGCAUCAAAACACUACAUCAACUCAUCAAUGGCCUAGAGGAAUGCCAAAAGUCACUAAACGGCUAUUUAGAUGGAAAAAGACACAUGUUUCCAAGAUUCUAUUUUAUGUCAACGGACGAGCUGCUAUCAAUGUUAGGAAAUGGAGACCCAGUUUCCGUGCAAUCCCACAUAAUCAAAAUGUUUGAAAAUAUAAAAUCGUUGCGAUUAGAAACGAAUUUAAAUGGUAUCACGGUAAUCAAAGGAAUGAUUUCAACCGAAGGUGAAUUCUUACAAUUUCAAACCGAAGUUUCAACAGAUGUUCCUAUUGAAAAUUGGCUGAACAAUAUCUUAGUGCAAAUGUAUUCGAGUCAUCGUUAUGUGACGAAAGGUGCGAUUUAUGAUUAUGGGAAAAGCUGUGAUAAAACACGCAUCGAAUGGAUUCACAAUAACUUGGGUAUGGUAUGUUUGGCUGCAAAUAGUGUUUGGUUUACCGCAGAAAUGGAGGAAACCUUUCACCAAAUAACGAACGGACGGAAGGAUGCCAUGCAAGACUUACUGAAUCAGCAAAACGCGCAAAUAAAUGAUUUAAUAGCAAAAGUUCAUUCAAAUUUAACACACAGCGAUCGCCUCAAAUUCAAAACAAUUGCUAUUGCCGAUGUGCAUGCAAGAGAUGUUGUCGAUUUAUUUGUCGAACAUCACAUAAACGAUGCAAGACAUUUUCAAUGGUUGAGUCGGCUCCGGUUCCAUUGGCUCAAGGAAGUGGAUAAUAUUUUUAUUGAACACUAUUCAGGUCGGCGGCUAAGUUACGGCUACGAAUACAUGGGUUUAAAUGGAAGAUUGGUUAUAACGCCAGAUACUGAGAAGGUUCAUUUUGCUAUUGCACAUGCAAUCAAUAUGCAAAUGGGUUGUAUGCUGAACGGGCAAGAAAAUUCUGGAAAAACUCAAACGAUUAAAAAUCUAGCUAAUAUAUGUGCGAUAUUCUCAGUGAUAAGAAAUUGUACGGAAUUCAUGGAUUUUAAGACGUUACACACGAUAUUCAUUGGUCUUGUGCAGUGCGGUGGUUGGGGCAUUUUAACAAACUUCAACAAUAUGAGAAACGCAGUGAUGAAUGCUAUUUCAAUGCCAAUUCACGCUUUAAAUAUGGCUCUGAUUACAAAACGACCCACAUUCCAAGAUGGAUUAACCGAAUUGAAUUUGAACAAUAAUUUUGGUCUUUUCAUCACCCUUAAUGCCCGAACGCAUAAAAUACAAAAUAGCAUCUCUAGUUUGCCCGCUUUUUUAAAAUCCCAUUUUCGGCCGGUGGCUUGUGUUGCACCAGAUAGAGAAUUGAUUUGUGCAAUUUCUUUAUAUUCGGAUGGAUUUAAACAAGCACAAACGUUGGCAAAAAAGAUCGUGGCUUUGUAUCAAUUAGCUAACGAGCAACUAUCAAAACAGCAACAUUACGACUGGGGAUUACGUUCUUUGAAAGCAGUUAUCAAUUCGGCGGCAGAGAUGCGUAAUCAUGAAACCGAAGCCUGUGAAUCGGUCAUUUUAAUUCAAGCAUUACAUCAAAUAAAUCUUUCGAAACUUGUUUUCGAGGACAUUCCACUUUUUUUGGGAUUAAUUAAGGAUCUUUUUCCUGGCAUUGACUGUCUGCAGGUUACUCAUCCGGAAUUUAGUGCGGCCGUUAAGCAUGUUUUAGAAUCAGAAAAUUACGUUUGGCUUGUUGAACAGCAAGACAAAAUCGUUCAAUUGUAUCAAACGUUGUCGACGCGUCACUGUAGCAUGGUUGUCGGCUCAACAGGUGGAGGAAAAACUGUCAUCAUAAACACGCUCAUAAAAGUACAAUGCCAUUUGGGAAUACCGACCAAGUGCACGGUGCUCAAUCCAAAAGCAUGUUCAGCGAUCGAACUGUUCGGAUAUUUGCAUCCACGUACCAAUGAUUGGAUUGAUGGAUUGUUUACAAGCAUCUUUCGUGAAAUGAACAUAUUGCCCGUUGAACAAGAGGAGCAUCGAUAUAUUUGUUUCGAUGGCGAUUUGGAUCCGGUGUACAUUGAAAAUAUGAAAACCGUAAUGGACAAUAGCAAAAUGUUGACAUUAGGAAAUGGCGAAUGCAUUCGUUUGGAAAAUCAUUGUGGAAUCCUAUUCGAGAUUGGGAAUUUGGUUAACGCUUCACCUGCCACCAUAUCAAGAGUUGGAGUGGUUUUCGUUGAUUCGAAUCAAUUGGGUUAUAAGCCAUUUUGGCAACGAUGGUUACAGACCCAUCGGCCUACCAAAAUAUUACAGCGAUUGUUUGAUAGAUUUAUUACACCGUGCAUUGAUUACAUUAUCGAUGGAUUGAAUAAUAUGCGCAAGCAAAAUCCAUUGAAAAGAGUCAUUCAUCAAACAAAUCUGAAUAUGGUAACUCAAUUUUGUUGUAUGUUCGAUGCAAUGUUUCCAACAUUAAAAAGUUCGAGCAACAAUACAGCGACGGCAGCAGCAGUUUUAUCGAAAACAACAUCCAGUUCAAUGGAAACGAUGAGAACAACAACGUCAACCUCGAUUGAUGAUGAUGAUGCGAUAAUUGAAUGUGGCUUUAUUGAUCCGGAUUUUGUGGAUAAUUUCGAUCAACCGGCCGGAUGUGAUGACUGUCCUACUUCAAAGAAGACAUUAUUUGACUACUUUUUUGAUUGUAAUCGAACCGCAUGGAUUGCUUACGAUUGGAUCGUACCGCAAUACAUACACAAUGUUCAUCUCAAAUUUAAUGAAAUUUACGUUCCAACUGCCGAUUCUAUUCGAAUCAAUCAAAUACUAAAUCAACUGAAUAAUAUUAAUCAUCCGUUGCUGCUGGUUGGUGAUACGGGAACGGCAAAAACAGCAAACAUGCUAAAUUAUUUGAACAAUUUAAAUGUCGAUAGAAAUCUUACAAAACAAAUUGUCUUCUCAUACACAACAUUAUCAUUAGAUGUAAAACAUGCCAUUGAAUCAUCAACGGAGAAACGAACCAAAGACAUCUUUGGACCGCCGUUAGGAAAGCGUUUAACCAUAUUUAUCGAUGAUUUGAACGCACCGAAAACUGACUGCUUUGGCACACAACAACCAAUCGCAUUAUUGAAAUUGCUUUUCGAAAAGGGUGGAAUGUUUGAUUGCGACAGAGAUUUAAAAUGGAAAAUAUUCAAAGAUGUUUGUUAUUUUUGCGCAAUGACAACGCCAGGCGGUGACCGGAAUGAAUUAGAUGCACGUUUCGUAUCACUAUGCGCAACAUUAAAUAUUAAUCGGCCCACAGAUGCAAUCGUUUUCAAUAUUUACACAUCCAUAUUACGGGGUCACUUGGCCGAAUUUACGCCCGAUCUACAUCCCAUUUCGGAUACACUAAUUAAGAUGACAUUGAGAUUAUUUAAGAUUGGGAUUGCUGAGCUUCCGCCAACACCAAGCAAAUUCCAUUACACAUUUAAUCUGAAAGAUUUAUCAAGAAUUUGCUGUGGAAUGUUAAUGAUGCACACAAGCCUAUUUAGAUUGCCCAAGCAGUUGGUUAGAGUUUGGCGGAAUGAAUUUACUCGGGUUAUUUGCGAUAGACUCUCAAGUGAAAAGGAUGUUAAACUAAUGAAGAAAUUCAUUUCUGAGGAGAUAAUGCAGACUUUUCCUCCGCCACAUAAAUUAGAUUUAUCGGUACGCAACGAUAUAAAUGAAAGCGGCGAUAAUGAAAAAGGUGGAAUAAUUGAAGGCAAUCAAGCAAUAGACGUUUCCAUUCACGAAUAUGCCCUACGUGAUCCAUUGCUGUUCGGUGACUAUCGAAAUAUGAUUAAUGAAAAUGAACCACGGUUCUAUGAAGAUUUGCUUGAUUACGAAGCCAUUUAUUUUUUAUUCCAAGAGAUUUUACAAAAGUACAACAAUCGCGUGUGUACAUUGAAUUUGGUAUUAUUCGAUGAAUUCUUGGAGCAUCUGACACGAGUACAUCGUACAUUGCGCCUUCAUCGCGGACACGUACUGCUGCUCGGUCCAGAGGGUUGUGGCAAAGCAUCAACUAUACGACUGGCAGCAUUUACAGCAGGUUGCGAACUGUUCGAAAUCAUCCAAUGCGAGGGAUAUAAUGAAAAUCGCUUUCGAAAUGACCUCAAAUUAUUGUUUACACAGAUUGGAAUCCGUAACAAACGAACCGUUGUCUUAUUUUCAAUUACCAACGAUCAGAUGGACAAAAUGUCGGCCUAUUUUUUGGAGAUCAUAAAUAAAACCAUUACAGUUGGUAUAACUGAUGAUUUAUUUUCGGAGAGUGAAAAAGCUCAAAUUAUUGAUGACUACAGCGAAUGGAUUAAUAAAAACAAUGAUGAAAUGGCCACAGGCAACAAAUUAUGGAAACGAUUUUUGACCAACAGCAAUGAGAAUAUUCAUUUUGCAUUGCUUAUGAAACCGAACGAAGCAUUUCGUUUGCAUUGCCGUCGGUAUCCAGGUUUAAUUGGAAAUACUUCAAUUGACUACAUGCGUCCAUGGAGCGAACAUGUGCUUACAAAAGUGGCAAAUGUUUUUUUAGUUGGUCAUCCAAUGAUUGCCGAAAACCAUCUCGAUGGAAUUGUUAAGCAUGUAGUGCAUGUGCAUCAAAGUGUUCACUAUUAUUCGGCUCGCUUUUUGGCCGAAUGUGAUCGCUUGAAUUUUGUAACUCCCAAACAUUAUAUCGAAUACAUACACACGAACAUUCGCUUGAUAGAGGAAAAAAAUCGAUAUUUGGUUAAGCGAUGCAAUCAUUUGUCCGAAGCUAUUUCAAAAUGUGACGAAUUGUCGGAUAAAAUGGAUGAAUUGUCUUUGCUGGCGAAGGAACAACGAGAGAAUAUGCAAUUGCUGAAGAUAAAAUGCAAGAGAAUGGUUGAAAAUAUCGAGAAAAAUAUCAACAUUGUUCAGGAGAAAGCCGAUGAAGCGCUUCGAAAACAGUCGGAGAUAGUGGCCAAAAGCAAAAACAUUGCAAUCGAAAAGGAGAAAAUUGAAAUGACGAUAAUCGAUGCAUUACAACAGCUAAAAGCAGCUAAAGUGGCAAUAAUUGAAUUUAAACGAGAUACAAUUUCCGAUAUAAUCGAAAUGGAAUCGCCGCCAGAAGAUGUUGAAGUGAUCGGUGAAUGCUUUUUGAUAUUGAGAGGUAUUCGGGAUGUUUCAUGGAAAAAUGUACGCACCGCCAUGCUCGAAGAAGACUACUUCAAAUCACUUUCCGACAUUAAUUGCGAUUUAAUUAGUCUGAAGCAAGUAUCGCAAUGCAAGGGACAUUUGAAAAAAUGCGAUUUGAGUCAAGUGGAAACAACGUCAGUCGGUUUCUUUGAACUAUUCAAAUUUCUAAAAGUUAUUUUGACGUACUGCGAUACCCUUAAAGAUAUCAAUCCGAAGCGGGCAAAAGUCAGAAUGCUCGAAAAUGAGGUUGAAGAGUCAAUAAAUGUGCUGCAAAUGUUGAAUGUCAAACAAAAUCAAUUGGAAAUCGAAUUGGACGAGUUGAGACAGCAUCAUGUUAUCGCUACCAACGAAAAGCACACACUAAAAGCAAUGCUAUGCGAAACUGAAACUAAAUUGAAAAUAUCAACGAAAUUGGUCGAUGAACUGAAUCCAGAGAAGAGCAGAUGGGUAUCGAAUUUGUCGGUUUUGGAAAAUGAAAAAGAUAAUGUCAUUGGAAAUUGCUUGCUGACAGCAUCGUUUCUUACAUACACCGGCUGCUUCUCAAUGUCUUUCCGCAAGGAAAUGAUAUUUGAUGAUUGGUUGUGCGACAUUCACACAAGAAACAUUCCAAUUGGUGACGUUUUCGAUGUACUCGAUCUAAAUGAUAUUGGCUCAUCGUUCGAUGAUGAUAUUGUUGGUGCUGGUGUCGCUGUCUCCAAUGUCGAAAAUUUACUUGCCGAUAAAUUUUUCAAACAAAAUCGAAUGAUAUUGUCAAAAACAUUAAGAACACCGAUUUGUAUAGAUCCACAGUUUAAAGCAAUCGAAUGGAUUAAAGUAGCGCAUCAACGUCAAAAUAAUGUUAAAUUUCUGCGAUUUGAUGCGGAUGAUACCAUUGGUGAAUUGCUAAAAUCCAUUGCUCUCGGUGAAGUCGUUGUAUUCGAAGAUGUGCACGCUCACAUUGAUCCAACAUUGAUGGAUUUACUCGAGAUAAAGCUGUUAAUAAAAGAUAGCCGACAAUUUGUAAAAGUGGGCUCAAUCGAAAUCGACUACAAUGACGGGUUUCGCAUGUAUUUGGUUAGCCAUCGGUCGAAUCCAAAAUUCAGUGCACACGUUUAUUCAAGCGCCGUUGUCAUUAAUUUUAAUACAACAUUGUCGUCGUUGGAAAAUCAGUUGUUGGACAUUGUCUUCGAUUCGGUGAAUUGUGAAUUGGCGCAAAAACGUACAUCAUUGUAUGGUUCAAUUGUCACAAGUCGAAAACGUCUUGAUGAACUGGAAGCGGGCUUAUUGACACAGAUCGUAUCAUGCGAUGGGAAUUUACUUGAUAAUCCAAAUACAAUGAAAUUACUUGAAACGACAAAGCUAGAAGUUCAAGAGCUCAAUUCAACGAUUAUUUCAAAUGAAAACACCUUAAAGAAUAUCGAAACGAAACGAAAUGCCUUUCGAUUGGUUGCAUUGAAAGGCGCCAGUUUAUUUUUUGUACUCACUGAUAUGGCGGCUCUCAAUUCGUUUUAUCAGCACGCAAUGCGUGAUUUUAUUGACAUUUUUAUGCAGAUAGUGGUUGUUGCGGUACAGAAAAAAGAUGGGGAUGAUGCCAAUACCAUCGAUAUCGAUUUGAAUCAACGUUUAUUGAAAAUAAUUGCCAAUUUAAGCGAACGGAUUUAUAAUAUUGGUUCGAUGGGAAUAUUUCAAAAAGAUAAACUAUUAUUCUCUUUACGUAUCGCUAUGGAAUUGGAGCAUUGUGACGGAAGACUUAUGCGUAAUGAAAUUGUGUUUUUACUUAAGCCAAUUGCUGUGUCGGCCCCAUUGACGAACACCUUAUCGAAAUGGCUAUCGAAUCAGCAAUACAAUGGAAUCCAUCAACUUGUAAAUGCAUUUCCAAUGGUAUUUGGUAACCUUUUCAAUGACAUUGAAAUGAAUGGAGAACAAUGGCAACACUGGCUACAAGCAAAACAUCCAGAUAGAAUUAACUGCCCCGAACCGUAUGACAAAAGCAUAACCCACUUUCAGAAAGUGCUUAUGGUAAGAUGCCUUCGAUCAGACCGUUUUCUUCCCGCUAUACAAACAUACAUAAAAAGCACAAUCGGUGAAGAGUUUUUAAUAUCACCUGUUGUUGACUUCAAUCAAAUAUUCACGUCAUCCACGCCAAAUGUGCCGAUUCUUGUGUAUCCAGUCGAUGGAAUGGAUCAAAUGCAUCAAAUAUUGAAACUGUCGCAUAAUUACCGUGGAGCAAAUAUUAUUUCAAUCGAUCACACUGCCAACGAUAUAAUUAUUUCACAAUUGAACGAAUCGAUAAGGACAGGGCAAUGGUUGAUUUUACAAAGCGGUGCACACAGAAAGACACACAUAAUUAAACGAAUAAAUCAUUUAUUAGAUAUCAGAGUGUCAAAUGAGUUUCAUCAAGAUUUUCGAUUAUGGAUAAUAAUAGUAGGGGAAACAAAGGCAUUUCCACUUGAAAUGUUACAAAGAUCAUUCAAAGUGGUAUACGAAAGGGCAAAUGGUAUCAAACAAUGCUUGCAAACAACUUUCACCAACUUGGAUGAGUCGUCGUCGAUCGAUCGAUGUUCGCACAAAUACUUUAAGCCGCUACUCUACGUCUUGACAUUUUUCCAUGCAUCGAUGCAAGAGCGUUCAAAGUUUGGCAAAAUCGGCUGGAAUGCUAAUUAUGAUUUUAAUGAAUUUGAUUAUGACACAAGCGUAAAAGUUUUGACCUCAUUCUUCCAAAGUGCUUCUUGCUCAUUUGAAAGCGGAUUUCAAUGGAACGACUUGAAAUUCUUGAUUGGAGAGACGGUUUAUGGUGGAAAAGUUCUCAACAAUUUUGAUAGACGAAUCCUGUUCGCAUAUUUGGAUGAGUAUCUUGGUGAUUUUCUCUUUGACUCAUAUCAGCCAUUCCACUUUUACAAAGGCAACGAACAUCACAUAAACUAUACAAUCCCAUAUGCAGCACAUUCAAAAGCCGAUUUUUUGGAUGCCAUUAAAAUACUGCCGUUAUUGAAUACACCUGAUGUAAUUGGUUUGAAUGAAAGCGCCGAAAUCGCAUACAAUCAACAAUAUAUUGAUGACAUUUGGCAACGACUCCCGCAGUGUAGUGUUCACCACCAAACAGAUGAUUUAUGUGGUGACAUAAGCCGUGACAACAUCAUUGAUAGAACAGCAUUGGAUAUACUUGAAAAAUUGCCAAAAACAUUCGAAAUUUGGCGAGUUAAAGAAACACUUCAAAUGAAAUUAUGUCCCACGGGUGUGGUUUUAUUACAGGAGCUACAGCUAUACAAUGAACUUGUUGAACGCAUCGAAAAAACUUUAAAACUUUUACGAAAAGCAAAUGCUGGAAAAUUGGCUAUGGAUGCAACACUGGAUGAGAUAGCAGACGCUUUAUUGAAUCAACGAUUGCCAGACAAUUGGAGGAAAUUAGCACCAAAAACUUGUAUGAUUUUAGCUCCAUGGUUAAAUCAUUUGCAGCAUCGUGCUCAACAGUAUAAAUAUUGGUCGGUUUCUGGUCAAUUCACCGUUAUGUGGUUAUCUGGUUUACAUGCCCCUAAAAGCUUUUUGAGAGCCAUAGUUCAGAUGGAUUGCCGUAAAAAUAUUUGGCCAAUUGAAAAUACAACGAUUUUUACCUCGGUUACAGCAUAUUUAGAUGCGAAUGAUGUGGAAGAACAACCCGAUUCGGGCUGCUACAUCAGUGGAUUGUUUAUGGAAGGUGCAGGAUGGAGCAUUGAGCAUAACGCUUUAGUUCAAUCGAACAACCUGCUGGAGCCAUUACCGAUUUUACGUAUUAUACCAAUGGAAAAGCAUAAGUUACAAACGCAAAAUUCGCUUGUAACACCCGUCUACGCAACAUCACAACGCAAUGGAGAUGAGAACAAUGAAGAUGGACUCAUUUUCAAGGCAUAUUUACGAAAUAUUGAACAUGAAAGCCACUGGAUUCUGCUUGGUGUGUGCUUAAUAUUAAACCGAGAUUAAAUCGUGUGCCCAAUAAAAGUUAUGUCAAAUUGUAAUUAAUUUAUUACAAUCGAGCUAUCGUGCGCACCACCAUUGGCACAAGGAAAAACGGUCGAGAAAAAAUAAUACAACAACAAAAAUAAAAAUUGUAACCCUGGAGACCGAAUAAAACACCCGACCGAAAUAAUAAUAUUGUGUGUAAGCAAUAUGAUGUAAACCGAAUCGGAAAGCGUGAAAAACGGAGAUGACCGGAAUGAAAUACAAAAAAAAAAAAGAAGAGAAAAUCACACACACACACAAAUAAAUAAAAUAUUACGCAAAUGAAAAUAAAAAUGCACUACUGCACCAGAUUUUUGGUGCACGAAUACGCACACAUACCAACAUAUUAUACUCUAUAUAAAAUAUGCCGAUAACAAAAAUACCGAGAUCAACAACAACAACAAAAAAAUGUUGGCCAAAAAAUGCUGAACGAAAUCAAAUACAUGUAAUACAUGUGUCAUAUUAAUA